GUGUUGCGUUUAUAUUUUUGUUGAGUGUAUAUGUGCUUUUUCUUUCCUCAUUUUUCUUAAAUUUUACUACUUUUUAUCUGGUUCAACAGACCAUUUACACUAAAUGAAAAAACGUCUAUCCUGCCACUACCCAUGCUACGACUGUUUGAUUCUUCUUUAGGCAGUAGACCCCAGUAUAAACAGUCCACUCCAGGAACCUAAAUAUGUGAACAUUAAAUAAAUAUUACAGCUGUCCAGAACAUCAGCCAUACAGCGAACCCUUAAUUUUAAUUGAACAACAAGAAAAAGAAAUGUGCUGUGGGGUCUCUAUUAUGACCUUAUGAAGACCCAGAUUCAUAAUACGGAAAUCUUUAAUAAUAUAUGUAACAUGCUGGACAUAUCACAGUGCUAAACUCACUAUCAGUCCCCUUUAUCAUUGGACUCUCAGUGUUCAGCCGUCAUUCCUGCUCUUGGCAUCUAAAUACUUGGAUAACAGUAAAGGUUUGAUUUUUACAGUAUUUCUUAGACGAAAGAAACAAGACUAGAUGAGCUCAGACAUGUGUGACUCAUCUCACUGAUACAAAUAUAUAGUUUUAUUAUUACUUUUAUUACUUGCAAGAAAGGUAAUGUGUUUGUCAGGAAGCUUAGCGCUUACCAUUAUCAUUCAUAAAAAUAAAUUUACAGAAGAAGACAACAUUAUGGGAUAGUGGAUCAGCCUCAAGUACUGGAGAGACUGAUGGAAAAACAGGAGCAGCAAAGGUUAGGCUUGAACCCCCCUUACUUAGGUCAUUGACAAGACUGGUUACGGGUACCAACUAUGGAAUGGAGCAAUUAUCAGGCACCUUCUUUACAUGGAUGACAUCAAGCUGUAUGCCGAGAGUGAAUGAAACAUCAAUACACUGAUCCAAACCACCAGGAUCUACAGCAACGACACUGACAUUGGAAUACCAUUCGAAAUGGAGAAGUUUAGUUGGAUGGUAACAAAGAGAGUAGUCAGAACUGAGGGGGUUGCAGAAAGGGAAGAUUAUAGAAAUUCAAGUCAGCUACAAGUACCUUGUAGUCCCACAGGCAAAUGGACGUUAUGGAGAGGCUGCUAGCCACAACCACUAAAUAGACUGAAAGACAACACAGAGGCAGUAAUAGUGGCAGCACAGGAACAGCUUCUAAGCACAAGAUACAUAGAUGUUGCUACACCAGACCUCAGAUAGUAGGGUUCAAGAUGCUAGCAGAGAGUGCAUACAUGGAAUGCCAUAACCAAUUAGGUGGCAUAGUAUACAGAAACAUCUGUGCCAGUUAGCUAAGGAACACAAGAAGCUUCAAAAAGCCAAUGGCUAAAAGAGGAGUUAAGAGAUGUGUAGGAUGAAGGCAACAGCGGGGACUAGUGGUAAUUUGAGCGCUUGGGAAAGGGACACCUUAAACUGGGCGAGUAGCUCCAGUUUAUGGUAAAUGGAGUGGUUCUUAUGUAGCGCUUUUCUACUCUGUCCGAGCACUCAAAGCGCUUUAUACAGCUAAUUCAUUCACCCAAUCACGCCCAUUCACACAAGCACUUCUAAGCUUAAGUGCUAAUUAUCUUACAUUGAUACACAUUCACACUCCGAUGGAUGCAUCGGAGAGCAACAUGGGGUUAGUAUCUUGCCCAAGGAUAUUUGGCAUGCAGACUGGAGCAGCCUGGGAUCGAACCACUGACUUCCAGAGUUGGAAGAAGGAUUCCAAAAUAGCAGUUCUCUUCUCCUUGCAAUGUGUCUAGCGCAACAGUGAGUGGCUUCAACACAAUACAAUACUCCUUUAGGAACAGAUACUCCCGAUCAGUGAAGCAUUUGAUUCCAAACUGAGCACAGACAGUAUUUAAGUCAGCAAGGGGAAUGUCAGUGAUCCUGGACAGGGCGUCAUGAAAUGAAUUCCAUUGUGUUGAAACGGGCACUAUGAGUUUUUUCUUGAAAAAAUUAUCUACUAAUUCUGAAGCAACAAAAGAAUGGUUUGCUUUUGUCCACAUUGCAGAACACUUUGAAGUUGCACUUCUGUAGAUGAAUUUUGCCUCAUUUGCUUGAAGCCAUUUCUCAACAUCAUGAAAAAUUAACUUCAGUGUGUGUGAUGCACACCUUAAGUGUGGAGGGAGAGAAAACUGUCCUUCAGAUUCUGUGGAGAGGGACUGCUCAACAUCAGUAAAUGUCACCUCUUCAUCUUCUUCGGAUUCUUCAUCAGAGUCUGAUUUUUGGAGCAUUCUAAAAGCUUUGAUAAAAUUGGACCCGUUGUCGGUCACGGUGGCUGUCACUUUAGAGUUCAGUCCAUAAGCCGAAUGUACUUGCUUGAUUUCAUUGCCGAUUACAUCAUAUGUGUGUCUACCUCUAACUCUUUUACAUGCUAGCGCUGCAUGUCCUCGUACAAAAGUAAAAGGAUCAAUCCAAUAUGCCGUCAUUCCGAGAAAACUUUUGUUAUGACUGGUCCAAAUGUCAGCAGUCGUGGAAAUAUAUUCCAAACUCUCGAAUGUCCCUUUAAGCUCCAUUUCCACGUCAGCAUAACACUUAUCUAAGUAAGUAGAAAACGUUCACGUCGUGUCAGGUGCUUCAGUAGAUUACUCAUGCUAUUGACAGCGGCCGAUAGUUUUUUCUCCCCAGGACAUAGCUUACAUAUUACUUUAAUGUUCUUGUCUGCUUGUUUCAGAAAAGUGAAGUGACGGGAAUAUUUCCAUUUCAUAAAACAGCCACUCGCUUCAGCCAAGUCCGACAUCUUCCACUUCAGGAUACAACUAUGCAGUGAACUGGCGUGAAAUGACGUGCACCUGCACUACAUCAAUGUUAUAGCGGCAGAGUUUACUUUUACCUUUAGAAGAUAAAAUAAUGAAAUUAAAUAAUGAUAUUCAGCGAGUUCAAUUAUUUUACAAUUUAACACAAGUACAUUGUAAGUAACUGUAAUUAAAAAACGAACAAUAAUCAGUUACUCUGCUUUUUCAGUGGAAAAGUAAUUUAAUUACAGUACCAAACACUGGCUGAGGCACAUACACAUAGGUUGACAACAUUCUGCAUAGUCAUUCACUACAGACCUCCAAACUUCAUAUGACCUUCAGCUCAAGAACAGUGCAUAGAGAUCUUCAUGAAAUGGUUUUCUAUGGCUUAGCAGCUUAACAUCCCCAAGCACAGUGCAAAGCAUUGGAUGUAGCAGUGUAUAGCAUAGCCAAAAAACAAAGAAAUAAGAAAGGGGGCAAAUACUAUUUCUUGGCACUGCAUGCCCAGGGACACCAGCUUUAAGUAAACCUUUGUCCUACUUGUUCACAGUAUCUUAUUACUAUAACACUCCAGUAAAAUCUAUUUUGUCAGCAAGUAUCACAGAUUCCAUGCUUGAUGCUUUCACUGUGUGUUUUGUACAAACUUAUAGUGCCCAUUCUGAUGUGUUUUUUCUUUUCUUUUGCUUUAGGUGCAGUAGUACGAUGAAGGGUGGAGGAAGGAGCAAGGAGCCACCUGUUGCAGGGGAGGUCACUGGCAAACGCCCCAAGCGCAAAUGCCUACAGUGGCACCCACUUCUCUCCAAAAAGGCUCUUGAUUUCUCUGAGGAGGAGGAGGAAGAAGAUGAAGAGGAGCUGGUGAAGCAGGCAGGGCUGUUCAACCAGACACAGCAUUCACAGUGUGAAGUCACAACAGAGGAAGUGGAGGAGGACACAAACGAACAGCGGGCACGCCGGCCAAUGAAUGCCUUUCUGCUCUUUUGCAAACGCCACCGCUCCCUGGUGCGGCAAGAACACCCUCGCUUGGACAAUCGCGGGGCCACCAAAAUCCUGGCUGACUGGUGGGCUGUCCUGGAACCCAAAGAGAAACAGAAAUACACUGACAUGGCCAAGGAGUACAAGGAUGCCUUUAUGAAGGCAAACCCAGGCUACAAGUGGUGUCCCACCACCAGCAAACCAGUUAAGAGCACUUCCUGUCAGCCAGUCAGCAAUCCCCGCAAAAAAGUUUGGUCCUUUUCUUGCAACUCAUCCAAGGACUCCACUGCCAAAAAAGUGCCCAAAACGGAAAGUAUGCCACAGUUGAACUUUGCCAUGGCAGAUCCUACAAAGAUGGGGGGCCUGAGCAUGUUGCUGCUAGCUGGGGAACAUGCCCUCACAAACCGAGAGAUGUUUUCUGGGACAAUACCAAACAGAGUGCCUGACAUUUCUGAAAACAGGGUCCAGUCAGCCCUUUCACCAGUGGCUGAGUCAUCGCUGUCUGCAGCACCUGAAGGAAAGUUAUGCAGACAGUCUGCUCUCUUCCAGCUUGCUGAGAUGUGUUUAGCAUCUGAAGCUGGAAAAAUGGACACAGUUGCAUCUCAGCCAGAAGACAGCUCCUCCACAGACCCUCUCCAACAAACUGCUAUCAAGCCAGAGGUCAAGGAGGAGAGAGCAGACACUGACCUCUCCCCUGCCUCUCCUCACAAAGCAGCACUCUUACCUUCACUCUACUCUCUCACGUCUACCUCCACUAAUGCCAUUCUCCCACAAUUCAGCAGCCAAAAUGCACUUGUCAAAAAAAAAGGUAAGAAAAGAGACGUGGCAAAGUCAAAUGACAAUGAUGAGAGCCGGUGUUCAUCAAAGAAAGUUAUAAAGAAGGCUAACCCUUCAGAAAGCCUGGACAGUGUAUUCAGUACAAUCGAGUCAGUGGCUAAAGGGGUCUGUUUGGACACAGAGGAAAAGUCCAAGAAGAAGGAUGACAAUUGUCUUAGUGGUGGGUUGCCCAAAAAGAAGAGUAAGCCGAAAAUCAAGAGCUUUGUCAAAGAUGAAGAGGAGAUGGAUGACAGCAGUGGGCAGAGUGGACAGCACAGGUCCCCUGAGGUAGAAAUGAAAGAAAAGUUGUCUGAUAUUGGCUCCAGGACAGAAGCAACAAACGUGGAAAGCACUGAUUUCCAAGGACAGACAAUAGAACCCCAUAAGUCCUCUUGCAAUCAUUCACUUGUUAAUCUUGAAGAGCACGACAAAGGAAAGGAAAGGUCAAGCGAUGCAACUUGUGAGUCUAACACUGAAAAUCGUGGGUCCAGGAAAUCAGAGCGAACCUGUAAAGGCGCCUUAUAUAAAACUCUGGUCUCUGAGGGAAUGCUGACUUCACUGAGAGCCAAUAUUGACCGAGGUAAAAGAGGUAUUUUCCGUACGUCUGAUCAUGACGCUAACUGGAGUGAUGACAGCUGGACAGUUUCACAGAUAGGACCUAAUUGUCCCAAGAAGCUCAAGAAGUCCAAGUCCAAAGACGAGUCUUCUCAGGGCCUAGGUAAACUGGAGGAGGAGUUUGAGAAGAAGUUUAACAGCCUGCCACAGUAUAGCCCGAUGACCUUUGAUAAAAAGGGCACUGCUGUUGCAAAAAAAAAGAAGUCCGACAGCACCACCAUCCAAAGAGAUGAGUCUAAGACCGGAAAAGGGCCAUCUCAGAAAAAGACUACAUUCCACAAGAUUGUUAGGACGAGAUUGCACAAACAAAAAAAGGAGAAACCAGGUGCAGUGGAAAAAGCAGUGGGACAGACUGAUUCCACACUGGAUAUAGGUUCGGAAGUCAAAUUAUGUGCUCCCGUUCCCAUAAUGUGCCCAGAUGUCCAGGGCACUGCUACCAUGGAGAUACUAGUUGGUAGCCAGAAACGAAAGGCAAGGAAGACUAAGAUCACACACUUGGUGCGCACGGCACAUGGCAGUGUGUCUCCAAGUGAGGAAGACAAAACAAGGGACCUGAACCAGGACCAGGAUAAGAAGCCAUUACCACAACAGAAUUUAUGCAAUGAAAUGGGGUGCUAUAGUCACAGAGGAGAGGAGGCAGAAAGAAGCACCAUAUCACAAGAGCUGCCUGCCUUGUUCAGCUUGGCUGCCCUCGCUGAGGUUGCAGCCAUGGAAAAUAUUCACAGAGGUCAGAGAGGCUUGGCUGAGAGUCAGAAUAACGAACUUUCCCAGACUCCAGUUCUCAUCUCCUGCGCUGAUCAGUGAAACUCUUCUGCUGUUCUGAGAAGCUACAACACAAAAGUUUGCAUUGGAUCUCAACUUUCCUCUGUGGUAGCCCCACACUGAAUGAAGACUUGAUCGAGAAGCUUUGGACAUAUUCCACCUUCCGCUUUGUGGUAAAUUUCCUCGAAGGAGAAGGAGACCUUCUCCUCCUCCUCCUCCUCCUCCUCCUCCUCUUCCUCCACCUCCUCGUUAUCUCAGUGUUUCCCCUUAAACCUUCUUUUGGUUUGGGGGAAAGAUGCCUUUCUUAAGUCCAUACAUCCCCAUCCCCACUCCCAGAUAUGCUAAUAGGGCCUUUGAAAGUAUCAAGCUAUCAACCAGUGCAUGGCUUCUCUUAUAGAGAUGGAUGUCAUGGGUUUAUUGUACAUGUUUAUCAAACAGAGGCCAUUUUAAAGUUAAGGCAUUUUAGAUGGAAAGAAAAAAGAAACUGCAUUUGUUUUAGAGACAAAUCAGCUUUCUCUCAUCUUUUAUACCUCACACAUACACCUGCUGAAGAGUUCCCUCCACCUCUGUUACAAUACCUCUGCAUUUAAAUAGCUCUUAAUCCCUUUUAGCUUCAACCCAAAAUGGCUUAAACCAGGGUAACCAACCACGAUUGGUAGACCAUUACUAACUUAGUCUUACAGUGUACUCAAACACUGAAGAAAUCUUGGUUGAGGUUUGGAUAUGUGUUAAAAUUGUGAUGCUUUACUACAAAAGUGUGGUAACCGCAAAUAAAUGUGUUAUAGCCUGAAUAUGAAAAGUAGACCUUUGCAUCACUUGCAUGUAAACAAGGAGCCCUGUCUAAUUUCUAGCAGUAGAAUCACAGUGUGGCUAUGAGGCUUGUGGGGGAAAAAACACAUUUUUGUGAUGGGGAGAUUGAGAAAAAGUGCUUAAACUAUAGUCUUAACCCUCCCACCUACACCCUCUUUGCCACCAGAAAGCCCUCAAGCAGCUUCUUGCUCAGUGUCCCAAAGUCAGUGCAAACAUUUCUGAAAAGUAAAUGCAGUUUUUGUCAAUACUUGAUCUUAUUGCAGUUUGCGUAGCAGUUAGAAAGGUUAAUUUAUGUGUAUGUCUUACUUCAUGAAAGAGGUGUUUUGCUUGUUUAUACCAUAAAAAUAGACUAAUCAUAAGUUUAAGUUUAAAUUGCUCAUGUAACAGGGUAAUAAAAUGCAUCAUCUCCACCAGAGGCAGUGUUCUUACUUAAGUCAGUAGUAUCUUUAACACCCUCAGGACCUGGCUAAAACCAGCCACAAUUUCAACAUAGAUGAGAGGAGUCUCAGUGGAAUAUAUGUGUGUGUGUACAUAUAUGUAUGUAUAUGUGUGUAUAUAUAUAGUCAUUCCACUGAGACACCUGUCAUGUAUGUACCACGAGGAGCCUUCCUCUUUGGAGACCAACACUUAGAUUCAGUCACAUUUAAUAACUUUUAUAGCUUUUAGCUUUCUAUUUGAUCGUUCUUUUUUGGGUGUGUGUUUAUGAUAUUCUUUCAACUAAGUCCCUUAAGAACUUCACUGUUUUUCCUGAGGUGAAGUUUACUGGAUUAGGACUGUUGUUAAAAAAAAAAAAAAUUAAGCUCACAGAUGACAAAUGUGUCUCUACUGUGAUAAGCAGAGAGGCACAAAAAAAUGCACUGUCUUCAAAUAAUGAGGUGUCUUUCAGUGCUUUCAGACACUUAAUGACAGGAGACAGAAAUAUUGUAAUAUUGGAUCUCAGAGAAGUCAUUUUUUUUAGAAAUGCAUUAUUUCAGAGUCAUUCAUAUCUUAUAUAGGCCUUACAAUGCAAAUAUUCCUGUACAUGCAACAAGUCUUUAAUUCAUCUAAGAACUUGUUUUAUUUAAAAAAAAAAAAAAAAAAGAGUCAAAGUUAAAGGAACCCCAAAAUGCUUUAUGAUAAUCCUAAGAAUGGAUGUAUGUAGUUUUUUUCUGAUAUAAAAGAAAGUUACAUUUCUGUCACUUGGUACAAUGGUAAACUGUAUAGUUCUUCCACUGGUGGAAAUCAGUGUAGUUCUUUGUAAAGACAAAGAAGUUGUCUUCCCCCAGACCACACAGAGGAAAAAAAGAGACAGAUACUAGCUUGUAGCAAGUGAGUAUGUUGACAUUUGCCAAAGAAGGGAAAGGUAUAUUCAGCCACAAAUCCUGCUUUUUUUUGGGGGGGGGGGGGUGCUCUAGAUUGUUUCUUUUUGUUUGUUUUUUAGGUAUUUAAAUAUUCAGGUAACAUUAUCAGCACAAAUCAUCCUGUGUGGGAUACAGAGUUGGAAUUAAGUGCAACAAAAAGGCACCACUAAAUGCCUGUAUAUAUUCAGUAUUUGCACCUUAUGACCCAAGGCAAAAUGGUCAUGGUCUUGGAAGCAUAUAUAAAUUUUACCCACUCUGUGGAAAUUAUGCAUUUUAAUGAUAUAUGUAUACAGUGUCAUGGAAAAGUAUUUGCCACCUUGCUAAUUUCUUUUUUUUCUUUGCCUGUUUGUGAAACACGGAGGUUUGAGAGCAUUAAACAAAACGAAUAUUAGACAAAGAUCCAAGUCCUUGGUGGCAAGAACUCAUACACUGCAUCUCUGAUAACUGGUGAUUUUUUUCAUAGUGCUGUGGAGGAAUGUUGUUACAUUCUUCUUUGCAGAACUGAAAUCUGCCACAUUGGAGGGUUUUAAGAAUGAAAAACCUUUGACUAGGCCACACCAAACCCCUCACAGAUGGACUUUCUAGUGUGGUCUCUGGUAAGUCCAAAUUCUCCUUCAGGAUUUUCUAGUAGAGAGCAGAAUUAAUAGUUUAAACAAUCAUGCAAAGUCAUCUGGGUCCCAGACCUCACACUACCAUCAUACUGUUUAACUGUUGGUAUGAUGUACUUUUUAUGAAAUGCUAUUUUGGUUUUAUGUUAAAUGUUACGAAAUGUAUCAUUUCCAAAAGAGUUCAACUUUUCCCUCGUCAGUCCAUAGAGUAUUUUUACCAAAAUUCUUGGAUCAUCAAAUUGGAGUUUUUUUGUUCAUUUGUUUUUUGACAGCAGUGGCUUUGACCUUGGGUCUCUUCCAUAGAUAUCCCUUAUUGUUGAAUCAUGAACACUGCUUCAUAACUGAGGCAAGUGAGCCUUGCUGUUCUUUACAAGUUGUUCAGUGUACUCUUGCAGUAAUUUUGGUAGGCUGGCCACUCCAGAAAAAGAAUCCCACUGUUCCAGGUUUUCUCCAUUUGGAUGAUGGCACUUGUUGUGGUUCGCUGGAGUCUCAAAGCCAUAGAAAUCCUUUCCAGUCUGAUAGAUGUCAUCUUUUUCUUUAAGUUAUGGGAUGAUGUCCUUUCGUUUAGCCUACUUUUCUUUGUCAGACAGGUUCUGUUUAAGUAAUGUCUUAAUUCAGCAGGUCUGGCAGGAGUGUGGAUAGUGAAAGUGAACUCGGGUUUCUAAAAAUGUGGUUCAUCACAAUUUAUUAUGUAACAUGUUGGGGCAAAUACUUUUUCAAGUCACUAUGUGUGUGUGUCAGUAACAAAACCACACAUCUACAAUACAGCCAUAAUUUUGUCAUUUUCCCUCACUUUUUCUACCUAGAAAAUGCUUCUAUAAUGUUGAAUUCCUAUAUUAAUGACCUAAAUGAUUAUAAUACCCUUUUGUGUUAGCACUGUCUUCUUGAAUGUAAUCAUUUUGUACCUGUAUUUUUCUAAUUCAGUCUUGAUUGUACUGUAUUGUAUGCUAUGAUGGUAUACUGUUUCUAAGGUACAUAGUUGUUACAACCAACAGUUCUCAUGACAGAAAAGCUGCUGCACCUUAUAGUCACUGGAAAUGUGGGGCAGUUUUAAGUCCAAAGGACUGUCAUGUCACCAUCCAUAAGACUGAUAAAAGAAAGAUUUGUGCAUAUUGAGUGGUUGGAAAAUCUCUUUCCCCGGUUUGUUACUUUUUUCCUUUGCAGUAAAAGUAAAAGUCUGUUCAGAAGAGUUCAACUGGGACACUUCUGCAAUCACAACAAUGAAAUGCUUGAGUCCCAGUUUAUUUAUUACUGCUCCUUUUUAUAGUUUUAGUCAAAUAAAAAAAACAAACAAACAGUGAAAUAUAGAAAUGAAUAUGCAUCUGUUUAUACAUGCACAUGUAUAAGGUUAUUUACCCUUUACUGGAUGUAGAUCAUGACUUUUUUGUGAUGAAGAGAGUGUCGGAUCUUCUAAGUAUCUUUCCUCCAAUAGGGUUGUAUAUCAUGUGCUUACUCUAAUUUAUGUUACUGUAAUCAUUAUGAAACGUCUGUUUUUGAUUGUUAAAGCCCAGUUGUUACAUGCAGCCUUGCCUUACUGGAACCCCUGCUUAGUGUGGGAUCCCUUAGCCACCCGACCUUCCAUACCCCACAUCGUCCUAAACUAUGUCAUGACACUGUUUGCUGAUGCAACUGUUAUUCCUUUGACACUUUCUUCUGACGCAACUUUUGCUUCUUGAACACCUAUUAAAAUAACAUCUACUA